UGUUGGUACUUGCGCUGUUGUAGAAUUGAAGCUUGUAGAGCAGGUUUUUCUUCUGGUUUACUUUGCUUGUGACAGUGAAGAACCUUGUUGCUCACGUGAAGCUGCACACGUAAGACAGCUACUCUUUAAACUCAGCUCUUUUAAAUACUUUAUAUAGUGUGUCCCACAUGAGUAAUGGGUUUUACCUUUCUAAUGGUGUCGGAUUUCUCUGUUGGAACACGGUAAAUUCUUCUUCAGACACAAACAAAAGAGGGAAAAGAACUUCCAUUUUGUAACAAUGGUGACUCUUUUUUUCAAGUUUUCAGACCUGAAAAGUCACCAAAUCCAGGAUAUCAACAACCAGCACAACCUGUAUUUAUGCAAAACUCAAACAUGAGUUUGCCUGACAGGGUGCAGUCAAUCCCCAGAGCUCAGAUACUGCAAGAGUUCCUCGCCCGAUGCCAGGCCCUCGCAGCACACGACAACAGAGGAUUCAAAAAAGAGUUUGAGGAGCUGGAAACGGUGGGGAAAGACCUUCCUACCAAUGCAGGAGACUCCGAGGCCAACCGGGAGAAGAACAGAUAUCCCUACAUUUUGCCAUACGACCACUGCAGAGUGAGGAUCUCCAUCCACAACUCUAAUUCACACUCCGACUACAUCAACGCCAGUUUUGUGCCUGGCGGAUGCUCCGAGAGGGACUUCAUCUGCACUCAGGGUCCCAUGAGCAACACCAUGGCUGACUUCUGGAAGAUGGUGUGGGAGCAGAACGUUCGCGUCAUUGUCAUGGUGACAGCUUUGAAAUACAAGGAUACAGUUCUCUGUGACAAAUAUUGGCCCCUUGAACGGGGGACAGUUUAUCACGGACUCAUCCAAGUGACAACAAUGGCCAGGAAACAGGGUCCAAACUAUUUUAUCACCACCAUCAACCUCCGACAGAGAGACUGUGCAGCAGACCGAAUAAUCACACACUAUUACUACCCUGCCUGGCCAGACAGAGGAGUGCCAAAAGAGCCGUCCUCCCUCUGCAUCUUUACUGAGCAUGUGCGACAGCAUCUGGAAAGCAUUCCUCGCCUGGGGCCAGCUGUAGUUCACUGCAGCGCAGGGGUUGGUCGGUCAGGGACGUUCGUGACUCUUCUGUGGCUCAUGCAGUUGUGUGCUCGAGGCAUUCGACCUGAUAUACGGGCUGCUGUGGAGGAUCUGCGUCUACACCGCAUGUGGAUGGUCCAGAACCAGGCUCGGUUCCAAGUAGCAGCCAGAGCCCAGGAACCUCCUCCAACAUGGCUGACUCUCAGGAUCAACGGCGUAGCUCCUCUGGGUUUGGAGAGCCGACCAGCAGGAGGAGACAUCGGAGACAAAAACCUUCAUCAGAGGAACCACAGAACACGCUGCAGAUGCUGCACCCCGGGAACCUACUGAGGCGGCUACUGCCUUCCUCGUCACAAUUCAACCCCGGCUCUCAUGCUUCCUGAACCUGCUGCAGGACACAGCAACGUCAGAGAUUCUAUGUGCCCUAAGGGCUGCAAACUGGAAGAACCUGAUAAGUACUGAGGGCACAAAACACAAACAAGGAAUCAAGACCCAUCAGGUCCAACCAGCUCCUGCACAGAUGACUUUCUACCGGAGAUAAUGACUGUGGUAACUACCCAUAUAUGUCAGCACCGCUGUGAGAUUACUUUUAUUGUUUUUAAAAAUCAUUGUGCAUCAGUUAUAACACAACUAAAGCAAUCGGUACUGAGAAGAUGUGGGUUUAAAACCAGACUGGCUAGAAAGGCAGACAAAUGGUGGAUGUACAAAAAGGUCAUGUUUCAAAACAGAAGAAACACAGGCACUGCCAUUCUCCUUAGAUAACCGAAACCCAGUAUCAUACAAGAAGGAGACACAAGUACAUUAUAGAUCAUCUGGGUCUUCGAACAGAGUCCUUUAUCUGUGAUAGGGCAGUAACUUAUACAGCAAGUCCUGCUCAGAUUAAUAAUUGUUAUGGAGAACUUUCAGUCCCAUCAUGUGGCAAGUUCCGGUACUGCAGAAUUGUGAUGCAACGUUUAUUUCCACGUGUGAAUACUUGCAAUUUCGCCCUCCAACAUGGAGGCGCUGCAGAGCAAACCACCUUUUCAAUAAACCAAACAGUGGUCGUGUAAAGGUAAAUGAUCACUUGUUUUGGGGUUUUUUUACCUACCAGAGAAAAAGGAAAAGCAGAAGAGACAGAGAGCAGGUCUGACACUGUGAAAAUAUAUAUGCAAUAUAUAUACAGAUUAAAACAAAUAGAAAGUAUAUUAACUGUUUCCGACUAUUGGUACAAAGUUAAAAAUAACAUUUAAAUAAAGGUCCAAUCGUCCUUUGGCCGAACAAAGAAAAUAUGAAGUGGAAGUAAGUCAUCAGACACAAGCAUCUGCAUGUGUUAAGCGUAUGUACAGUUAUGUAUAGAUUAUAUGUUGACACGAUGAGUAUAAACAGACACAUGCCGCUCUUCCAGGCCAACAGAAGGCGUAAGUACAAAACUACCAAGACAGAUCCAAGGCUGUUCCAAGUGUGAAGAAGAGUCCAUUAAGAGUUCCCAGGUUGGAUUACUGCCCACUGUCCGACAUGUGAACGGCUUCCUGGAUUUCUCUGACAGCCAGGAUGCGCGCCAACAUCUGCUCCAGCUGCUCUUUUGGGAUUGGUUGUGUCGAAUACCAUAUGGGACUGUUGGGAGCCACCACAGGUUCAGGAGUCAGGUAGAAGGUGUCGUUGCGUCCCUUAGCACUCUGCGGACUAAAACAAAACACUGUCUGUAUAUCUAUUUUAAGGUAAAUACAAUCCUGCUACAUCAUUGCUGAAAGUCUCCAUUUUAUUAAAGUUUGAAUUAUUCAAAAUCAUUGUUACCAUUUGAAGAGGUAGAAGUCGUAGAGCUUGAUUGGGCAUCGUAAGGGGUUCUCAGGAUCCUCCAGCUGCUCUGAGUACAUGUCAUCCGUGACUGAGAACAGAUUUAUUUUCAUGAUCAUUUGUUCCAAUCUUUCCAUGACAUAAAUUAUAUUUGUUGAACUUUACCUUUCUGUCCAAUAAACCUCUCAGUUGACUUCAGGUACCGGAUGCUGGUACUCUUGUCUUUGGGGUUAUUGGGACUCUUCCUG